UGCCACUUUCUAGUGUGCGAUAGACCAGAAGAGCUCAUACACUGUCUCACCUGUAACUGUCCAUCACCAGGAGCAACAGGCUGUAUAAACGACCUGAUUGGCAGAUUCCUUCUGACGUCACUGGACACUAUGCGGCUGUAGGCGGAACGGAACUCGGAAUUCCCGAAGUUCACAACUUUGGACACAUAAACGCAUAAAAAUCAUUGAAGCAAAGAGAAACGAAGAGAGAAGGAUUCUGCAUUUGCAUUUUAUAAAUACGAAUGCUAAACUCGUUUGCUCGCUGGUCUGGCGUCAGCGCUGAAUUCUGGGGUUGAGCUGCUGAGUCAGUCACACUGAAGUGAUGUCAGAUAACAGCAGCAGCAGCAGUAGUGGGUCAUCCAGUAACAGUUGGACCCUCCUCUCUCCUGAGGAAGCUGCCAUUGACACUGCUGGACCAGUAGAUGAUGGAACAGAGAGUAUUGGUGAUGUACCAAGCCUUUCAGAGGAAGUUGGAGGAAGUGCCUUUGAGAUGAAACAGAGUGAUAGUGAAGCUGCACUGGAGACCAUGUUGUCAGAAGAGGGCCACCAGGUUUGCCAAGAAACAUCCCCAGAGUUAUUUGAAGAGGGAGCAGAAACUGGUCCAAGCAUAGAGGCUGAUUCUGAGAUUUGUGCACCAGUCAUCCAUGCUACGAUAACAACCUCUCCACCAGACAAUGAUCUGCUUGGAGCAGUUCCCUUUAGCUUAGCUACUGAGUCAUCCCUCUUUCUUUCACAGGAACCUUUCCUUGAAACAUCUUAUGAAGAGUCUUUAUCUGAUGCGCAUCCUACCUUUGAUUUCUUAGCCAAACAGUGUCCACUCCCUGAAGUUGGAGCCGAAGCAGUACCUAAAUUUGUGGAUAAAAUUGGUCCUUUUUCAGAACCUACAGCUGAAAUUGGUCCUGUGUCAGAUCCUACAGCUGAAAUUGUUCCUGUGUCAGAUCCUACAGCUGAAAUGAGCCCCUUCCCUGUUCACCCAGAGUCUUCUUUCUCUGAUAAUACUGCAGAUGUAAGCCCUUUCUCUGGUGUUGGUCAUACCUCUGCAGUCCCUGUGUUAGAUGUCCACACUGGGGUUAGCUCCUGCCCUGAAAUCUCAUCAUCUAGUCUGUCUUCAAAAAUGAAUGUUAGCAUUGCAGCUGAGAGUCCUUACCCAGAAUCUCUUGCUUCCACUGUCUUGGAAGAGAAAGAGCUUCUAACUGACAGAGAGGAACAUAAAUCCAUACAUGUUGUAAGGGAGGCAGAAUCCCUUGGUGCUGAUUUGCCGAUUGAGCAUCGAGAAGAGGACAGAGGACUUCGACAGAGACUUCUACGCUCUCCUGAGGAACUGAGACAGAGCUCAGAUGAGGAAGAUGUGGAGGAAACCGAAUUUAAGCUUCCAGACAGGAAAGAGGGGAAACUUGGCUUUUCGCUGAGCCACCUGAUCAUUGGAGCUCUGGCACUGUUGUGUCUCGGCUCCUUUUUUUUCUCUUGUAUCACAUUUGACCGAGCCGGUGAUGACUUUGAUGGGUCAGAGUUAAGUGACCAGGAAGUUCUUGAAAAACUUGUUGAAGAAAACAAGCAGAUUUCCAUACUGGAGGCCCAGAUACAGACACAAAAAGAGGAACUGGACAGGGCGAUGAUGGCAGCUGCAGAGAGAGGAAUCACAGAUGAAGAACAUGCUAGGAUGAUGGAAGAGUUGUCUGCAUUGCCAAGCCUGAAAGAAGAGUUAGAGGCACUUAAAGCUAGGGUUUCUGAGCUCAGCCAGCUCACAGGUGAGGAACCUUCUCCUGGUUUUGUUAAAGAAGGUCAAAGUCUAGCAGGGCCUGAUAGACAGUGGGGAAAAGAAGAAGAGCUCAAGAGACAGAAGAUUCUCUUGGAACAGAGUAAAACACGGUUGGAAGGAAUGAAAAAACAGGACUGGCCUAAGACAAGGUUACGAGAAAGACUGGCUGAGAUGCAGCAGAGGUUAUCAGAACAGGUGGACUGCAUAGGCAAGAAAGAUGAAUGGAGGAGGAAGCACAAAGGAGGAGAAAAUAGGAAAAAUGAGUGGGGUGACGGUAUCCAACAGCACAAAGAGCUCUUAAAGAAGUAUGAGUGCGAGCAUAAGAAGACUGAGAGGAAGCUGGAGAGGGAAAGGAGGAAGCAAGAGAGGUCUUGGCAAGCCAAGACUGGCCACAAGCAUAAGCAUGAUCAUAAUGUGCCCCAGAACCAUGAAUCUUCAAAAGACUUCUGGAAAGUUCAAGAGAAGAAGCUAAGGAGAAAACAAAAUCCUCCUGAACACUGCCAUGAUGUGUCAGGCUGCACUGAAGAAGAAGGCCUUAUUCAGGUUAAGCUCUCUGAUUUUCAGGGGCUUCUGAAUAUCUACCUGAACAAACUGCAAGGGCUCAGUGUGGAGAAUAAGGAAGCUUUCCAUCGUCUUGUUACCCAGUUUUUCCAUGGUGGUGUCUUCAGCCAUGACAGAAUGCUUUUCGGUGAGUUUGCAGAAAAUGUGGCUGACAUCUUGGAGGACCUGGCAGAUGUUCUUGUGGAUGAUGAUGUGCUGGAGGAAGAGAUGGAAGAGUUCGAGAGGGAGGCCCUGUGGCAGUUUGCUGCGUAGAGCAUCAAGUAAUGUGUGUGCGUGUGUGUGCGUGCGUGUGUGUUCAUCUACUUUGGGCAACUUCUCUGUACCUGUUCACACUCACUAACUGCUCGAUUGUCAGACUGGUUUCUGUCCUGUGUAUAUAUUACCUUGUCAUCAGAUGCAUUGGAACUUUCUGAACGUUGUUGUGAAACUUUAAUUAUUAGUUUGCAUGCUAGCACUUUUAACUGAUGACCAUUAUCAGUUUAAAUCUGAAUGAUUUUAAGAAGUCAGUUAUCUUCUGUGCUUCAUCUUACUGACGUACAUCACCAGCUUUGUGUAUUGUAAGGUACAGAAGAUUGUUGGGAGUCGAAUGAAUUAAUUCUAUGAUUUCACUUAAACAAUGGAGUUAUAGAUACUUUGAUAAUUAGUUUGUCAAGUUAAAUUUGUAUUAAAUUUGUUUUCCAGUCUUUCUUUUUAUGAAUGAUUAUUUAUUAAAGGUGGACUUUUUAAAGCCA